CUUUAAAAUCCCACAGAAAGAGACCAUGUCGAACCGCGAUUGAGGAUAAUCUCCUUUGAAAAAUGUUUUCAUGCCCAUAAAAUUCAACAGGAAAAAAUUUAAAAAGAGGACGUUCCUUUCUCCCACGUACAUAUUCCCUUUUGUAUGAUCUUCAGAUGUGGAUCUAUUUUCGUUCGACAGAGGUCUCGGGUUCGAUACGCAGGAUCUGAGGGGUAUAAAAAAUUAAGAAAACGGAUAUUUAAUUUACGCUCAAAUAAACUGUGCGAUUUAAUCUAAAACUAUUAUCGAGUCCUGUAUGAUCCGAUAGGGUUUUUUCUUACAAAAUCGCCUUCAUAUUGGGAAUUAUUUUGAGGAUAAAAUCAUGGAGAAUGGUGAAGUAGAGGAGAUAGGGAGUGAGCAGUACGGUUCAGGAGGUGGAAGGCGCUAUCGGCCUGUAUCAGCUCAUGACAGGCCUGUAGUUGAAUUAUCUUCUCUUCCGCCGGGAUCUGCAACUGCAAAUAAAUCUGAGGAUAAUAAUAACAGGAGAAUAAAGAUUCCAGGCGUGUCAGAAGGAACAAAUGGAAGAGAUCAAGGGCCUUCUUCUCCAACUAGGGAAAUUUUUGAUCGUACUGGGAGGGAUUCUAAACUGGAGUUGUUUGGUUUUGAUUCUCUUGUUGACAUUCUGGGACUUAGAAGUAUGGCAGGGCAACAGGCUCCAGCAAGAACAAAUACCAUGGAGGGUGAGAAUGUCUCAAUUACUCUUGGACAUCCAAAGGAAAAAGAUGUUAAACUGGGGACGCUCAUGGGGGUGUUUGUACCAUGCCUGCAAAACAUUUUAGGAAUUAUAUUCUAUAUUCGUUUUACUUGGAUUAUUGGUAUUGCAGGCAUCGGAGGGAGCCUUAUUCUUGUAUCCAUGUGUUGCCUGUGCACAUUUUUAACUGGAAUAUCAUUAAGUGCCAUAGCAACUAAUGGAGCCAUGAAGGGUGGUGGACCAUAUUACCUCAUUGGUAGAGCACUGGGUCCUGAGGUUGGUGUGAGCAUUGGCUUAUGCUUCUUCCUUGGCAAUGCAAUCGCGGCUGCUCUAUAUAUUCUGGGAGCUGUUGAGACCUUUCUUGAUGCUGUACCAGGUGCUGGAAUUUUUAAAGAGAGUGCAACAAGCUUGAAUACAACUUCCAUAGCAGGGGCACCUACUGGAGCUCCUGUAGCAACUAUUCUGAGCCCAAGUUUGCAUGAUUUACAACUUUAUGGAAUAGUUGUAACUAUACUUUUGUGUUUUGUUGUAUUCGGUGGGGUGAAAAUAAUCAACAAGGUUGCACCGGCAUUCCUUGUUCCUGUUCUGCUGUCACUAUUUUGCAUUUUUAUUGGUGUAUUUUCCUCUUCGAGGCUUCAUGAUAAAUCAAAAAUUACAGGAUUGCGAUGGCAUACAUUCAAGAAUAACUGGAAUGCUGAGUAUCAGCGUACCAACAGGGCUGGUAUUCCUGCUUCAGAUGGAAUAAUCUAUUGGAAUUUUGAGGCAUUACUAGGACUAUUUUUUCCUGCUGUAACUGGAAUUAUGGCUGGUUCAAAUCGGUCUGCAUCUUUGAGAGAUACUCAGCGCUCAAUACCAGUUGGAACAUUGUGGGCAAUUGCUACUACUACUGUUAUGUAUUUGAUCUCUGUAUUGCUGUUUGGAGCUAUAGCCACAAGAGAGGGACUUUUAACAGACAGGCUUUUGACGGCCACAGUGGCUUGGCCAGUACCAGCAAUUAUCUACAUUGGUAUUAUAUUAUCUACUCUUGGAGCAGCUCUUCAGAGUAUUUCAGGUGCUCCACGCCUGCUUGCAGCAAUUGCUAAUGAUGAUAUUCUUCCAGUUUUGAAGUAUUUCAAGGCUGCUGACAGCAUCGAACCACAUCUUGCAACACUGUUUACAGCAUUUAUUUGCAUUUUCUGUGUUGUGCUUGGGAAUCUUGAUCUAAUCACACCAGUGAUAACCAUGUUCUAUCUUCUAUGCUACGCUGGUGUGAACUUAUCAUGUUUUCUCUUGGACCUUCUGGAUGCACCAAGUUGGCGUCCAAGAUGGAAAUUCCACCACUGGAGUGUUUCACUUAUUGGUGCGGUGCUAUGUAUUGUUAUCAUGUUCUUGAUAUCUUGGCUUUUCACCAUUAUUUCACUAGCACUUGCGACCCUAUUAUACUACUACGUGAGUAUCAAGGGGAAGGCUGGUGACUGGGGAGAUGGUUUCAAAAGUGCAUAUUUUCAAUUGGCUUUACGAAGUCUUCGGUCCUUAGGAGCCAACCAAGUCCACCCAAAGAAUUGGUACCCAAUACCACUGAUCUUCUGCAGGCCAUGGGGCAAGCUACCUGAGAAUGUACCGUGUCAUCCAAAGCUUGCCGAUUUUGCAAAUUGCAUGAAGAAAAAGGGUCGAGGAAUGUCAAUCUUUGUUUCAAUUCUGGAUGGUGACUAUAAUGAGAAGGCUGAAGAAGCAAUUAUUGCAAGGCGACAAUUGGAUGCAUAUAUUGAUUACAAAAAUUGCGAGGGAGUUGCAGAAAUCAUUGUAGCUGAGAACAUGCAACAAGGCUUUCGUGGCAUUGUCCAAACAAUGGGCCUUGGAAAUCUAAAGCCCAACAUUGUUGUAAUGCGAUACCCAGAAAUAUGGAGGCAAGAAAAUUUGAAAGAAAUCACAGGGACAUUUGUCAGCAUAAUAAAUGACUGUAUUGUUGCUAAUAAAGCAGUUGUCAUAGUGAAAGGUUUAGAUGAAUGGCCUGGAGAAUACCAGAAACAGUUUGGAACGAUUGACCUUUACUGGAUAGUAAGUGAUGGUGGCCUCAUGCUACUUCUUUCUCAGCUUUUACUCACUAAGGAAAGCUUUGAGAGUUGUAAGAUUCAGCUCUAUUGCAUUGCUGAAGAGGAGACUGAAGCAGAAGAGUUGAAAGCAGAUGUCAAAAAAUUUAUAUAUGAACUUCGCAUGCAAGCCGAAGUAAUUGUGGUUACAAUGAAAUCAUGGGAAGAACACAGAGAAGAUCAAGGGCUAGAAACUGAACGUGAAGAUGCCAUGGAGUCAUUCUCAAAAGCACGGAAACGAAUAGCUUUACAGGCAGAGGACAUGAAGAGAAAAAUGAAAGAUGGAGGUGUUUCAGAACCUGUAAAUGAGCAACAAGUGAAUAAAUUUCUUUAUACUACUUUGAAGCUCAAUGCCACUAUCUUGCGAUAUUCAAGAAUGGCAGCAGUUGUGCUUGUUAGUUUGCCACCCCCACCACCAAACCAUCCUCCAUACUUUUACAUGGAGUACAUGGAUCUUUUGGUGGAGAACAUCCCCAGGCUACUUAUGGUCCGUGGAUAUCGGAAAGAUGUUGUUACUCUUUUUACUUAGAAUUUUGGCUCCUCACUGGUCAAUGAUUCUUCAAGAUUUUCAUGUCAUCCAUUCUUUUACUGGUAUGUGUCAAUUCUUUUGGCAAAGGAAAUUUAAUGUUAUUAUUACAGAGUGUAACAUUGGAAGAAUGCUCAGAAUGGAGAGGUGUAAUAUGAGUUCCAUAGUUAAAUUAAGGAUUUUGAUUUUUGAGCCA